UGCUCCCUUUCCAGGAACUCGCCUGACUUUCGCCCCGGAGAGAGUGGCCCUGGUGUUUGAUGAAGUCAUGAAGCUCCAUCAACCUGUCUCGGGGAAUCACCCAGAGAAUCCAAACCGUAUUCAGAGAAUUUAUGACAAGCUGAAGGAAGAUGGACUGGUCGGCAAGUGCCGCCGUCUCAAAAGUCGGAAGGGGAAGCAGGAGGAAGUUGCCCUGUUGCAUGAGAGGUCCCUGCUGGACCUGAUGGCCUCGCUCAGCGACCAGACCAAGGACGAUCUGGACAACAUGUCCUCCUCCUACAACUCCAUCUACUUCUGCCCUCAGACGAACGAGUCCGCCCUUCAUGCGGUCGGAUCGCUCCUUCAGGUGGGACGA